UUGAUUUUCUGUUUGAGAUUUCUUUAACUUUCUUGCUUUCUGAAAGGCUAGGAGCUAAUUUCCGAGAAAAUCACUCCAAGGGAGGCCCAUUGGCUAGGAAAAGAAAAUGGGGUCGGAUAGAGGAAAUGAGUGGCGAGGGGAUGUACGUGAAGUUCUGUGAUUCCUAGAGAGCAUAGAGAAAUAGAUUGCUAAUUAUCUAAUGGGAACAGUACACAUGGCUAUAAAAUCUCAGUCCACUUGGAUGAGAAAUGGACCCCACAUGACACUUAUCCAGGAUGUUCUGUGGAAAAAAAAGAUGGAAGAUAUAAUAUUAUAUGCAGAGAACAGAGAUUGAUGAGAGAGCGGGAGAGAGAGUUUAGUAACAUAGGAUAAUGGUAAUCCAAUGGAAAAUUUUACCGAUGGGAAAUUACAUGUUGUAAAAUAUUGUGAGAGAAAGCAGCCUUUUUUCUUUAUUGGUGAUGAUUAUUGGUGAUGAUGGCACAUGGACGGCACGGGAGCCAGUGCCGACUUCUGUAGGAUUUUUGUCAGUAUAAAUUUGAUGUUUUGUGAAGCAAUUUAACUUCAACUCACACACACUGAUCUGAUCUCCUACUAGCACUGUUUCCACUGUGCUUUCUUUUUCUUCAAAUCAUUUCUGUUUGUUUUUUUCAACUGGGUCUUUCUUGGAUUUAACUUUUAUUAGUUUUUGGAGGUAGUUUUUUUUGUUGGUUAAAAAAAGAAAGAAAGAUAAUGGAGAGUAAGAAGCAAGAGUAUUCACCUUCCUCACUCACUGCUGAUCUCUUUGGUACCAAGGAGUUGCCACCAUCACCGUCAGCAGGAACUUUUGCAUCUAUUUUUCCGCCUCCUUCGAUGGUGGCUGGGAAGAACUCAGGCACUGAGGUAAUGGGAUCUUGGCAGAAACCAAAUUCAGAAAAUCACACAUGGAACAUGAAACAAGAAACUUCAGCUAUGAAUAGCAAGGUUGCACGCUGUAGCAUACCCAACAAUGACAGGGGUUCAGUUUUCCAGGAACAAAGAGUGGAACCUUGUCAUCUAAGUUCAUCUCUUUAUUAUGGUGGGCAAGACGUCUAUUCCCAGUACCCGAGUACCCAAAACUCUGAAUCAUUCCCUCUAUUCAAGGAAGAUGGGGGAGAAGAUGAUCUGAAUGGAAACAAUGCAAACAGUGCAUCUCGAGGAAAUUGGUGGCAAGGUUCACUUUAUUAUUAGGGCCUUGCCUUCCUAGGCAUAUGAAAUUUCCAUCUAUUUUCAAGGAAUUCACGGAGCCUUUGUAAUAAGCAUGGCAGAUUUGCAAAAUAAAUAAGUAGCCUGUAGACAAAGCUUAUAAGCGACUAGUUAUGGCUGCUCUCUCAGUUUAAUUGUACAAAGCCUUUGUGGUGACUAUCACAUCAUAUCUGUUUCAAUGGAGAACCAGAACAGAUGGUUGAUAGAUUCUAUAAAAGUUGUCCAGGUUCUCUCUUGGGCUAAGUUUUCAUAUGCGGUCGAACAAUGUUAUGUGCUCCUUUUAAACCUGUAAUUGAUAUAAUAGAUGGAUAGAAGGGCGUCAAGUAGUUUGAGAUAUGUUAGUAAGGUUUUAUUUAUUUUAUGUUGUGA